AGUAAUGCUCAAACUGUUCUACAAACAGUUUGGAAAAUGAAUAUUUUGAAUUGUUACUUUGUUUGUCUCGACUCAGAACAGAAAUCGUUCAUUUACACUUUCAACCCGUACUCAAAGUAUGCACCCGAUCAAUGGAAAUUCGUCGAAGAGCUCAAAAAUGGAUCCAAUUACAUGGCGAUCUACAACCGACCCUUCAAAAAAGAAAAUAUCUGCAAGGGUUUCAAUUUCGACCGGACCAAAUAUCUCGACCGGACAACACUAAAUAUAGCCUUAUGUAUUACCCAGAACAAUACCGCCUUAUUUAAAAACACUACUGACAAAAGUAAAUUCUAUAAAUUUUCAUCAUACGAUUUGCGUAUGGCGACAGCGAUAAAAUCAGCUCUGAAUGUUUCUUUGAAAUUCGAUUAUGACUUAAGACUUCGUGGUAUUUCUUCAAAAAAACUGUACGGCGUUUAUCUUCUGUUAGACAAAAAAACAUCUGACUUUGCACUGUUCUUAAGCACCCCCGAGUUUUUCUUCGGUUUCCCAGGAAGUUACCAGAUCAAUUAUUCUGGAUUCACUAUUUUUUCUCGUAAUCGCGGUUUCAAAACACCCUUAGAGAAAAUGUAUAAAUUCUACGGGCCAUUGAUGAUCGCGGCAACAAUUAUCAUUUCAGCAAUCACCUAUUUCGUUAUCUGGUACGUGAAUAAACCGCGAGGUCAUUCGUUCGCGGUCUUUGAAAUUCUUCGCCUCUGGACUUCUACUUCUCUCUAUACAAAAAUUGAUACUCUAGCCCUUCGUAUAUUUUUUGCCGUGAUAUUUUUCUACUUUCUGAUACUUCAAGCGACAUUUCAGGGGCAUCUAUCAAAAUUUCUAACAAAACCUGAAUUGAGAGACAAUGCCGAGUCCUUGGCUGAUUUAAGGAGUAGUUUAUAUGAAAAAAUUUAUGUUACUCAAAGCAGUGAAUCCUUAGUUGCGACUGACAAAAUUCUCAAAUUAAAAUACGAGUCUUCUUCACUAAAAAAGAGCAUAAAUGCUGUUCUGACCGAAAAAUCAAGCGUGAGUAUUAUGAAUUAUGUGAAUAUUUUGUUACAUCUUGACGAAUUGCACUUAUCGAGGGAUGAACUUCAACAGUUCUAUGUAUCGAAAAAAUUCUUACGAAAUUGCUAUACUUUUUUCACAACCCGUCACGAUUGGCCGCUCAAGCGAAAAUUCGACCACGCUCUUAUGUUAUUAGAGAGCACAGGAAUUUUACAAAAACUAAAUAAUAAUCUGACGGCUCAACUUGAAUCUUCUUUAUUUUAUCAGCCACUCGAAGCUUCUUUUAAGCCCAUUGAUUUAGAAUCAUUAUUAUUCAUUUUUUACUUCUUGAUUAUUGGCCUCACGAGUGCAACUCUAUGUUUUAUACUCGAGAAGUAUAACUUUAGCAAGAAUAACUCAAAAAUAACUCGGGGUGGAAAUAAACAGAGAGCUAUUUAUAAAAAAGUUAGGCGAUUAAAUAGGAAUGAUAAAGUAGGGUGGAAUAAAAAACGAAAGAUGACAAAAGACAAAUAAUUCAAUAUUUUUAAGUACACGGAAAGAAAUUUUCUUUAAAAAUUACCGUUAAAUUCACUGUAUUCGUGGGACAUAAUCCGGUGCUUUUAUUUAUUACCAUUUUUGAAACAAAAAUUACGAAAAAAUUUAUUCAUUUUGUGGUAGACUUAAUAACAUUUACCGAAAACCGAAUAAAAUUUACAGUAGACUACGGUAAAAUUUGUUGAAAAAAAGUUAAAAAUUAUCUCACUUACCGACAAAUAAUUAGGUCGUGCCAUUCGUCCCACGAUUACCGUGAAUAUAACGGUAAUUUUUAAAGAAAAUUUUUUUCAGUGUAUUUAAAAUAUUAAAGUGUUCAGUACCAAUGCGUAU